AUGCAGAUAAAUGCCGACAUAGAGCGCCAACAGUUCUACGAUUUGGCCGCUCCUCCCAAACGAUUAGGACGUGGUAGACAUGCCAUCGUUUUCGAAUGCCAUGAUCCACGCGAGCGUGUUUUCGCGAUGAAGUUGUACAAACAAGACAGUCGGAACAGAAUCAACCGCGAAAUAGAGGUCUUGCGACACCUGAGAUCAAAUCCAAAUAUUGUCCAAUUGAUCGACAUUGUUCAAGGCGACGAGGGAGCCAAUGUCGGAGUGAUUCUCGAACAUGUGGACGAUACUGAUUUCAGAACCUUAUAUCCCCAAUUAAGCGACAUGGACAUCCUCCACUACACGCGUGAGCUGCUCCAAGCAUUAGAAUUUGCUCAUGGCCAAGGCAUCAUGCAUCGCGAUAUAAGACCGCACAAUGUGGUUAUUGACCAUCGAAAUCGAAAGCUUCGACUCAUAGGAUGGAGUUCAGCCGAGUUCUACCAGCCAGGAGGGGAGUUUGGGCUUUGCGUUGGUCUCUUUAAGCCUCCUGAAUUGCUCCUCUGUUACGAGCGCUACGACCACAGCAUGGACAUGUGGGGUUUCGGUACCAUGCUUGCGGCUAUGAUCUUCAGGAAAGAGCCAUUCUUCCACGGUAGUAGCUGUAUCGAUCAACUACUAUCAGCGGCUCGGGUCUUGGGAACAGAGAGCUUGUAUCGUUUCGUGGAAGACUACGGGAUUCAGAUGGAGCCAGAGGACGUCGAAACUCUUGGCCAUCAUCCCAGACAGCCUUGGAGGGAAUUGAAAACCCCAGAUAAUCAACAUCUGGCAACAAAUGAAGCAAUAGAUCUCGUUGAUCGGCUUCUACAAUUUGACCCAAGGCGUCGUCUGACUGCGUCUGAAGCCCUCGCACAUGCUUACUACGAAGUCCGGUGA